AUGGAGGUCGUCAACCAUCACGAGGGGCUACAAGUCGACGAAGGUCGCUAUCCUUCCCCUCAGCAGCAUUACCCUUCGGCAAACCCACCAUAUCCCUAUCCCGAGAGAACACCAGAGAGUGGUCUGAUCCCAUCUACGUACCACGGCACGCCAUCACCCAAACCCGAGUAUCAAUCAGUUCAUCAGGUUGUCCCUCCUCAGAAGGUGCCCCAGAGAAGGCCUGCGUGGCUCAUACCAGCACUGCUUGGCGGCCUGAUCGCUGCAUUCAUCGUCGGAGGCGCUGUGGGCGGCGGGCUGGGUGCGACACUCUCGCAAUGUCGAAGUCAAUUAAGCUCCGAAAGCACGACUCCCUCACCAACAGAAGCAGUGCCAGCAGUCCCAUCCUCCUGCUCCAAUACUUCAGCCCCGACGAUUAGUAACGGACUACUCCUGGACUACGAGCCCCCAGCAGCCACAGAGAUCUACAAUGUCAAGGUAGACUGCGCCAAGUUGAACUCCUCGUUGCAGAUUAGCCAGUUGAAGGACAAGUACGUGGUGCAAUGCUCCAUGGACUACCCUGGCGCAACCUACUCGGACGGAGACAACAAAUUCUGCCUUGCCGACAUUGCCGCGCUACGGGCGUACUCGUUCCAAGAUUGCAUCGACGCCUGCUCCUCGACCUCGAGGACGUCGUUCAGCUUGCGCAUGGGCGUGAAGUGCAAGUCUGUGACCUUUGGUCGGACGAUGAAGGGCCAGAACUCGAACUGCUGGCUCAAGAACGGGACACUGAUCGAUGGCCAAGGCAUUUCAGAUGACCAGUUUGUGAGCGCGCGCUUGAAAUAA